CUGUAGGGAGGAGCCAGGUGUCAUUCUGAACAUAGCAGAGUUCCCAGCACACAGCACAAUGGCAGCCAGCACUGAGGUUCCAGCAUCCCGCACAGCACGGAUUCUAUCAGCAAUUUUCUAUGGAGUCACCUCCUUCCUCAUUGUCCUGAUUAAUAAGUCUGUGCUCACCACUUACAGGUUUCCAUCAACAACAUUUCUUGGAGUCGGGCAGAUGGGAUUCACAAUUGUUAUACUGUACAUUGGAAAAAGUAAUGGAUUUAUCACUUUCCCAGAUUUUGACAGGCAGAUCCCAAGAAAGCUCUUUCCCUUGCCUUUACUGUACAUCGGAAAUCAUUUAACAGGAUUAUUAAGUACACAGAAGCUCAGCUUACCGAUGCUCACCGUUCUGCGAAAAUUUAGUAUUUUAUUUACUCUAAUUCUUGAGAUGAUCGUACUAAGGAAAAGAUACUCCCUAUCUAUUGCUUUAAGCGUAUCAGCAAUGAUGAUCGGAGCUGUAGUAGCAGCCAGUUUUGAUCUUUCUUUUAAUUUGGAAGGAUACUGCAUUGUGUUGUUGAAUGACUUGUUCACAGCUUCAUAUGGGGUUUAUACCAAAGAAAAAAUUGACCCUAAGGAAUUAGGAAAAUACGGAGUAAUUUUUUACAAUGCCAGUUUCAUGAUUUUGCCAACAUUUAUUCUCACUGUAUGGAGUGGAGAAUUCGACAAAGCAAUGCAGUAUACUGAGUGGACAAGCAUUUCCUUUGUUUUUCAAUUCCUCCUUUCCUGUUUAUUGGGAUUUUUACUGAUUUAUGCAAUAGUGCUCUGCAGUUACUACAACUCCGCUCUUACCACUACAGUCAUUGGCGCACUUAAGAAUGUAUCUGUCGCCUACAUCGGGAUUUUUGUCGGUGGAGAUUACAGUUUCUCCUGGUUAAAUUUUUUAGGUUUAAAUAUUUGCAUGGCAGGUGGAGUGGCAUAUUCUUUUGUAACCUUGUGGGCAACCCCCAAAACAUCACAGAGCAUUCAGAAGACUACUGCUUGGGAAGAAAACAAGAGAACUGCAUCAGAAAAUGGGGGAUCACACAUACACAGCCCUAUUAGUAUUUAAGACAUUUCAGACUGCAAAACAUAUUGGAUACUAGAAUCCAUAAUUUCAAUUGAAGCCAUUUAUAACAUAUUGGGCCUAUGAAGAAGUUUUCUACCUUUUUAUUAUUGUUUUUAUGAAAGAAGAGCCAAAGCUGGAGGUCACACGGUGAAGAACCUAUGGUGUUUAUAUGAAGUAUAUGCCACUUCUCAUUUUUAUCUGCCAAAGGAUAACCUGUUACCUGUUGCUGUGUGUGAUGACCAGUAAUGAUUACUUUGCUUCUUACUCACCUUUUGACCAGAAUAUCAAUAUUAGUAUUCAGAGUAACGUCUAAAAUAGAACUGCUUAAGCUACCUGGUGCUAAGAAGAGCAUUGUUAAAUAUUGGCUUCCACAUUAACUUUUUUCCUAAACAUGAAAUCUCUUUGGUCUCUAGUAGACUAUCCAGAGCAUCACAAAUGAACCCUUCUCUUCCAAUGAGGAAAUGCAAAACAGAAACUUGCUGAACUUCUAUAAGUGUGCCUGAAGUAAUUUUUAUAUUUUCUGACUGAGGAUCUGGAGGUCUUUUUCAGACUUACAAGAUGUAAUGAACCAUCUUUGCUGUGGAUCCAAGAGGCAUCACCUACAAACUUUCUUGUGUUGAAUAAAUGUUUACUAGAUAAUGUA